AAUACCGUUUAUUCAUUGUGUUUUGUGUUCCAUUUUCAAAACCAGAACUGAAAUUGAAGCGAAAAAUGGAUUUCACUGCUCACAAUCAAGAAUUCAAGAUAAUCUUGGGCUCAUCUUCUGUUGCUCGCAAAAAGAUUAUGGCUGAUAUGGGUUUCAAAUUCACUACAAUGUCUGCAGACAUAGAUGAAAAGGCGAUUCGCAAAGAAAAGACCGAAGAUUUGGUUAUGGCUCUUGCAGAGGCAAAGGCAGAUGCUAUAAUAGGUAAACUGGAGAAUCUUGGGAAUGAAGAGAAGGAUGCUAAGCCUACAGUUGUAGUAUCUGCUGAUACUGUAGAAAAUGUCCAACCAAAGCUUCAUGGGAAAGACGAGGCAGAACCUACAUUGCUAAUCACCUGUGACCAAGUUGUGGUGUAUGAAGGCAUGAUAAGGGAGAUAGGAUUCCUACCAAAGAACUAGGUCAAAUAGAGUCCU